UGUAGCCGCCUACCAGGGCUGCAGAGUUGAGAUGAGUAACCGAGCUGGGAAAACUCGCUAGCUGACUGGUAAUGUCUCAGAAGGAAGGGUGUGUUAUAACCACCUGUAUGACAAUAGCUGUUUGUACUUCGUAAUAUUUCAACCGAUUUCGUAGCUCCUCAGAAAAGAGCUCAACACGUCAGCUAUAAAAUUAAGCGUAAUCUAUGUGAGGAAGUCUUUGACAAAGUGUGCGCAAGGAUGAGCGUAACAUCAUGGUUCCUGGUGAGCAGCUCAGGCACACGACACCGUUUGCCAAGGGAGAUGAUUUUUGUUGGCCGGGAUGACUGUGAACUGAUGCUACAGUCUCGCAGUGUAGACAAGCAACAUGCUGUGAUCAACUAUGACCCUGCUACAGAUGAACACCUUCUCAAAGAUCUAGGUAGCCUUAAUGGGACCUUUGUGAACGACUUGCGCAUUCCUGACCAGACCUACAUCACCCUGAAACUGUCUGAUGUUGUUCGCUUUGGAUACGAUUCUCACGUUUACAUCAUGGAGCGAAGUCAACACAAAGUUCCAGAGGAGGCUCUUAAGCAUGAGAAGUACACUAGUCAGUUGCAGAUGAGUGUGAAGGCUCUGGAGAGCAGGAUGAGUGAUCAGGCAGAGAAGAGUGUAUCCACAGACUUGCCUCACUCCAAGCAGGACAGGAGUGAGCGCAAAGCCACUGCGGAACCUCCAGUAUCAAAACCUACUCCAUUGUAUGGCCAGCCCUCAUGGUGGGGUGAUGUUGAUGAGGAGAAUACAGGCCAGCAAGGUAUACCAAAUGGCCAUGACAAUAGUGCAGAAAACCAGAAAGAAGACUCUGGGCAUGAGGUUAGUAGCUCCUACUGUGAGCAUGAAAAUGGCCAAGCUAAGUCUAUUUACUCAUACCAACGGGAUGGGAAUUACUUUGAGACUUCUACCGUGGAGUUGUCAAAAACCAAAACUGCAGCGUCAGAUGUCCAAGUGAUCCCCACAAGAGACACAAGCAAUAGGCCUCCCUUUACACCCCCUGUAGUGCAGAGUCAUGCAUCCUUCACCAUUGAGUUUGAUGACUGCACUCCUGGAAAGAUCAAAAUCAAAGACCAUGUUACCAAGUUUUCCUUCCGCCAACGCAAAAAUCCCACCAAGGACUCUGUUGGAACACCAAAAGAGGUAAUAUCGGCACAGAGCAAAGUGGCUGAUUGGCUGGUACAGAGUGAUCCAAGCAUAAUGAGAGCAUCCAGGACAGAAGAUCUUUACAAUACGAAGAGUGACCGCUCCAUAAACAAAGAGAGUCUCAAAGAAUCCCAUGUUGUUCUCAAAGAAAGAAUUGACAAGAUGAAAGGAGCACCUCUGCCUGGAGAGCAGUCAACACCAUCGACUUUAUAUAACACUCCCACUCAACAGUUUACUGUUCCUCUGAAAGGUUCUGAUGGUUCCCAGAGAGGUGGAUCUCUAAGAAGGGAGAAGACUGACAUUCAUGCCAGUACCUCCAGCUUUUCUUCUCGCUCAGCUUCUUUGAGAGCAUUUGGCAGUGUGGGCCGCAAGUCCAAACUGACCCAGGACUUUCAGACUGAGCUCCUUGGGGUGUCAAAACCUAAUUCAUCUGCCACUUGGGAGAAGCUUCCAUCUUCUACAUCCUUACCAGCUUCCAACACACACUGCAUAGUAGAAAAGAAUCCUCCCACCCCAUCUCUACCGCCAGCCCAUUCCAUAAAUCAAACUUUUGCAUCAUCACCACACCUGCAGCAAGUGCCUUCAGAACCUCUGUUCUCACCAACAUCAGCCAGUUGCACAGAUGCCAAGACCCCAAAGGAAGAGGAGGAUAGCCUAAGCGAUGCAGGCACCUACACUAUAGAAGCAGAGGGCCCUGAUAAAGAGGUGGACCAGGCACGUAACAAAAUUGAUCAGGUGUUUGGUGUAUGUGAUUGCCCUGAAUGGAGCAGUCAGCCAUCAGCAACAGUGUAUAGACCUAUAUUUGGUGACAGGGAGGGCAAGGAUAGCCUUCAACUUAGUGAGAGUAAUCCUGGCCCAGCACUGAGCCACUAUCCAGGUUGUAGUGACCCUGCCAAGGGUCCAGCACAGGAGUCAAUGGCUUUGACAUCUAAGGCACCUAGGUGGGUUUCCCGCUGGGCUGGUUUGGCUGACAGCUAUUCUGAUUCCAGUUCAAUUUCGCAACUCUUGGAUGUCCCGGCAAAGACAGUUCAACUAGGUGGACAAAUUAUCCAGCAGUCUGUGCUUACUCAGAACCUUGACAACACAGAGUUGGAAAGUAGCCACAGUUCCAGAACACGUCGGAUUUUACCUCAGUUGCCCUAUAGAGAAAAAAUGGAAACGUCACCAUUCAGCAUUCACAUCCAGUCAGACUCUCACCAGACUUAUGAUGGUGAAAAGAUAAACAUGAGAGGUUCAUGUCAAAAACAAGACCUUCAGAAGCUUUGUGUCCAUGAUGAUCUGGACCCAGAUAGCCUGAGUGAUGCCAGCAAGUCAGAUGAUGGCUCUAUUGUGGAUCAAGGUAGAAAAAGUAGUGCUGAAAGAACAGAGAAGUCUGUGUCACAGAUUAAAACUCAGACACCUUCUAAAAAAGACCUUACAUUCACCUCUGGUGAGGCUAAGAUGGUGAAAGACCAAGAUUCUACUCCCAAGUUUUCUACAGCUACUAUAACUAGACAGUAUGGAAGCCAGAAGAAUGGCAAGUCCAACUCCUCUCCUUCAGAGAAGGAUGUCUCUCAGGGCGUGGAAAAUUCAGUGCAACUUGUCAGGCAAGAGAGCUUUACCAAGGAUAGGUCCAGUGAUGACAUUCAUUUUACAAGAUUGCCCCAUAUCUCAACUCCAUUAUCUAGCAAUGAUUCAAAUGCAAUCAAAGGUAUGUGCAGCAAAGAUACUCAGUCUUACCUCAAAGAGACAGAGAAUGUCCUUGCAACUUUGGAAGCCAAUCUAAAAGUGCAGAAGAAUGGCAGCGUGCCACUCACUGUAGAGGACUCACUUUCUGGGGAAUCGGAUGUAGACACUUCAAGUACAGUCAGUCAGUGUAGUGGUAAAAAUGUUCUCACGUCCAUCCCCAAGAAACCAUUGAUUCUCAAUGAACUCUUGAGGAAGAAGAAAACUUCCAAACAGCAAGCUGAAGAGCAAACCUGUUUCCAGUCAUCUGGUGAUGCUUUGUCUCAGUUCAGCAGGUCCAGUUCAACAGAAGACUACAAGGGUGAUAAGGUUAAGCGUUUUCAGUUACAUCGUAGUUCAGGAAAAUGUGAACCUCAAGAUUUUGCCAAAGCGCCUCAAAGCUCUACCACUCACAAGUGGCAUGAAGCUGUCUCAGACCAGGAGUCCAGCUCCCGACCUGUUCAUAAAAGGUAUACUGUUCCCCUUCAGAAAGAAAAGUCAAGUAAGAGUAUAAAAAAUACAUUGGUCCAAGCACUGACCCGAUCUCACAGCCUUUCUGCGCCAAGACCAACAAGGACCUCCAUGCUCCGCCGUGGCCGCCUAGAUGAGGCAUCAGACAAUGAUGGUACAGAGGCUAACCGCCCAUCUCAGAACUCUGAUACCAAACCUACUAGUAGACCCCAGGACAGCAAGAAAGUUUCACGGCUAGACAUCCUGGCUUUGCCAAGAAAGAGAACAGGCUCUUUUACCACACCCAGUGACACAGAGUCCUCAGCAGACAAGACUGGCUUUUCCAACUGCAGCUUGGGGUCUGGAUUUUCAGUGCGGAAGGCUUCAGUGCCUGAGCUCAAGACCAGUGCACAGAAGGGAUCAGGGUUAACGGGCAAGCAACCAAUCACCCGUGGCCGAUCCAGUAGUGCAAAAUACCUUAGCAGUACUACCAGCUCUAGGAGACAUCAAAAAGGCUCUGACUACACCUCCACUUCAGAGGAGGAAUAUGAGUCUAACCUUAGCACACCUAAACAUAAACGCUCCCACCAUUCAGAUUCAGGACCCUUGCACACCUCCAGAACCCAGAAUCUUGGUCCAAUGCGGGCUCUGCCUAGAACCGGAGACUCUGAGGAGGAGGGAUGUGAGCAUGAUUCCUUUCAAAACUGGACAACACACAGUGCAGAGAUUGCCAGGCUGAGUCAGGACCUGGCAAAAGACUUGGCCAUCCUGGCCAGAGAGAUUCAUAACGUUGCUGGAGAUGAGCCCCAGAGUUCUGCUGUUCCUGAUGCCACAAAACUAGUCUCUGCUACCUCUGUCAGUGAGGAGUUACAGCAUCAGAUUCCUGAAACCAGCCUAAACCACCCUAAGGUUGUACCAAGCUUGGUUGGGCUCAUGAACCCUGAUCAAACUAUUAGUGACCAAGGCUUCAAACAACACAGCUGUAACCAGGAACUGGUUACUCUAAAUAAUGGAAUGCUGAGUCCUGUCUCCCAGCUUUCCAUGGCUAUCCGAGAAAACACAGAGCAGCUGACUGAAAAAAUCAAGCUUUUGUUCAAUAAUAAGACAGAUGUUUGGAAAGAGAUUGAAGCAAAGAUUAAUGCUGCUGCUGAUUCUCUUCCUUUGGAAAGUCCAAACAAGGAAAUAACGUCUAUCCUUCGAGAGCUCAAGGGAAUACAGAAACGAUUGGAAGUUAUGAAUGCAAUCAUUGAUCCCAGUAGAAACUCAGACCUGACCAAGUCCUUAGUGGCAGGAGGCCACUCUGCACCCUGUGAAAGGAACAUCAGGCCUUCUCCAAGGACCUGGAGGCCUGCUUCCUCCCAGCAUGGUGGUGGCCCUUCACCUAGUUGUCAGCAGUUAGGUAGGGAGUCAGAUAGGGAUAGUGUUGUGGUAUGAGAGUGACUAAGUUAUCCAACUCUUCCUCCUCUAAACCUGUCUGUUUAACAAUCUCCCUUACACACCCCCACUACAUGUCCUGUCUACUAAAAGUGCUCUGCAGUCAUGGCAGACAAAUCAGUUGCCCAUGUCGGGGCAUGCCACUUUAGUUUACCUGAUUAAAUGGUUUGACACUGGUUCAUUUGCACCCUUGGAUGUAUAUAUUGCACAAGACAACUUUUUCAUACAACACUAAUGGGCUAUCAGUAAGUUUCAGAAAAGAUUAAGGUAUUUUCAGAACUCUGUGAGAGCUGUGCCAUGCUUAAUUUAAACUAUGCAUGAUGACACUAUUUGAAUUGUAUCGCUGUUAUCGUUUGGAUCAAAGUAAUGAUGAACAUAUUAAAGUCAAUUAAUUUACAGAAAUUUUUAGCUUUAUUCAGGGUAUUUUGUAUGGUGAGGAUUCAUUAAAGAAUGUAUUAAAUGAAUGUAUUUGUUAUACACACAAUAUCUCAAAUGGUGAAUUUAAAUUAGUUUUUUUAUUGUAUUGUCUUUUUAUGUAUUCUGAUGAGAGUAGAAGGCCAAUUUGUGAUUUCUAAAAUGCAUCCAUGUAGACAAUAGAAGUAUCUGUACUCAAUGACAAAUUCUCUUUAUUGACCUUUGUGCUAACAAAAUACCCAUACAUACUUAUUGUAUGAAUACGGAAGUAAAAUAACACAUGCCUUUUGAUUUAAAUCAUUCAUUUGAAAUAUACAAUAAAUAUUCACGUUUCUGAAAAUAUGAAAAACUCAAGUUGGGCUCAUCCAGAGCUGUUGUAGUGCUGAGGACAUGGAACUUUAUUUCUAUAGUUUUUAAUCCCCAGUUAAAGGCCAAAGAUUAAAGAAAUUUGCAAUUAAUUUGUACCUAAGACUGUUGGUUAUUAGAGUAUGCCAAAGAAUAUAUGUACAAAAACAAUCACUGCUUCCUAUUUUGUACAUUACCUUUUCCCUGUGUCAGUUUACCAGAGUGUGUGUUCACAUGUUAAAUGUGAACAAGUAGAGCUUGCUGGAGGAGAAAUGCACAUGGAAAAAGAUUAAUGAGAAAUCCUUUGCCUCAACUGCUAUUUCUAAAGUAUCAUCAAGUGACCAUCAGUGCCAGAAGCUCUUGACCAUUUUUUAUAUAAAUGCAAACAAAUUCAAGUGUAGCUGCUGGCUGUGUUUUGUUGCCAAAUGUAAUAUGAUUAUAUGUAUAAAAACUAAAGUCUUUGUGGAAGGCUGUUGGUUUACAUUGAUGGACAGUGUGUCUGGCUAUUCUCAUUUCUUUUUCUGAAAUGGAACUAUUUUCAUUUCCUCCUUCCAGUGAGUGGGAGGCAUUUCAUGUAUGCAAUGUAUUGGAACAGUUUACACACUAUGUAGAAUGGGUUUGGAUUCAGCUGAGAAUUCCAACCUCCAAAAGCGCUUUAGUUUAAUAGAGAUGUACGUUCUCGGUACAAGAUAGUUUUGGCAAAGAUAUAUAACUAUAUUUUUACAAACAAUGCUGCUUAAAUUUUGGUUUUAGUGGUCUCCUUUUGCACAACCACAACUUUGGUAGAACCUGAUUUGCCAAAGGUUGAAACUAAAUUAUCAUAGAAUGUUUCUGUUACAUGUUCCCCAUGUGUUUGGUUAUGUAAUUCCCAACUCAUGAGAUAAAUAUGGAGGUAAACAUCCAGUGACAGUCUAAACCUUGCUUUUGUCUUUCUUUUUUUGUUUCAUAAUUAUUUUUCAAAUUUAUGUAAUACUUUGAUUUAAGCAAUUCUAUGUAGAGUAUAAAAAUGUCUGGUCUUCACUGUGAUGUAACUAUUUUUUCAAGAUUGGAUUCAGACCAUUUUGUACAUAGGGUAAAUCGAUUAAAGGUAUUAAUGAGUGUG